AUGUCGACCUCCUGGGAUAACGCCCGUAGACAUGUCAGGGCCCUUGAAACAGCCCUCGACUCCAAACUAUCAGCCUACUCGAGGUUAGCAGCUUCCAUCGCACGCUCAUCUUCGGGACUCGGCGGCAGUGGGGGAGGAAGCAGAGACGAUAUCGACGAUGAGGGUAUUGGAGGAUAUAAGCUUGUAGAAGAAGAAGUAGAGGAGCUUUUGCGAAAGCUGGAACAAGCGAUUGAGGACCUCAUGGCGCUCAUCAAUUCGCCCAGUCAACCACCUUCGGCCUCUAUGCAGCAUGCUGCUCAAACGCAUAGGGAUAAUCUGGACGAUUACAGAAGAGAUUUCAUCAGGACGAGGAGCAAUGUCGAGCAAUCCAUUCGGCGGUCAAACCUUCUGGGAGACGUGAGGAAGGACAUCAACGACUACAAGUCUGGGCGCUCCAGUGCCACAGACGCGCUCCUUCAAGAUCGCUCUCGAAUAGACUCCUCCCAUCGCAUGAUCGAUGACACUUUGAACCAAGCGUACGCGACCCGCUCAGAUUUUGCCUCCCAGCGUACCUUACUGGGCUCCGUCGAAUCCCGCAUGGGAGGUGUCCUAAACCAGAUGCCAGGGAUCAAUUCGCUCAUUACGAUGAUCAAAACGAGAAGGAGAAGAGACACCGUCAUCAUGGGGUUACUCGUUGGGCACAAUAUGGGCACAGCCGAGAGCAAACACGACCAAGGUGACGCUUAUGUCACUCUAUGUCCUGUGCCCAGCACGCGGAGUGUACUGGUGCAGUAA